AUGACUCGUCUCUACAGCAAGGGCAGGAUCCUGGGUCACCGGCGCGGUAAGCGCAACUCGCACCCGAACGUUUCGCUCAUUAAGAUCGAGGGUGUUGAGAGCUCGAAGGACGCUCAGUUCUACCUUGGCAAGCGCAUUGCCUACAUCUACAAGGCUCCGACCUCGGUCCGUGGCAGCAAGUACCGCGUGAUCUGGGGCCGUGUCACCCGGACACACGGUGGCAAUGGUGUUGUGCGCAGCAAGUUCCGCAGCAACAUCCCUCCGGAGGCCUUUGGUGCCCCGGUCCGUGUGAUGCUCUACCCGAGCAACAUCUAA